CGACUUGCACCCAUCAAGGCGCCGAGAUUGGGCGAAUAGCAAGCAAAUACGUCCGCGUUUCUCUGCCUGCUCCCCCCACCGACCUCCUCCCCUCAAUCCCCGGCGCUGACGGGAGACAAGGCCGAGGUUGUUUUAGAACAGGCCCAGACGACCAGGUUUGACCUGUCUAGUCCACCUCCGCACCCUCAAACACCUCGCCAACAACAACCCAGUAACCGGCUCCCCGCGGAUCCAGCAACAGACAAGUUCGAGGGGAACAAAGACAACAGGCAUCAUCAUCAUCAUCUCCUCUUCACAACAGUUGCCAACAUGAACCACCACCACACUCAACAACAGCAGAAAGCCGGCGAGCAACAACUUAGCGAGCCCGAGGAUAUGGAGAUGGAAGCUGGGGACACAGACGAUCCCCCGAGAAUCCCAGCCAACCCGGUGAUUAACGGGAACGUUGCCAUGGCAGACGGACACAACACAGAGGAGGACAUGGAGGAUGAUACCAGCUGGCGUUCGGAGGCGACAUGUCGUUUUGUGGUGGAGAGGUUCAGCCGGCUGAGUGAGUCUGUUCUCAGCCCGUCCUGCUUCGUCAGGAACCUGCCCUGGAAGAUCAUGGUGAUGCCUCGCUUCUACCCAGACCGGCCGCACCAGAAGAGUGUUGGCUUCUUCCUGCAGUGCAACGCAGACUCCGACUCCACGUCCUGGUCGUGCCAUGCUCAGGCCAUGCUGAAGAUCAUCAACUAUAAGGACGAUGAGAAGUCGUUCAGCCGCAGAAUCAGCCACCUCUUCUUCCACAAGGAGAACGACUGGGGCUUCUCUAACUUCAUGUCCUGGAGCGAUGUGACUGAUCCAGAGAGAGGCUUUGUGGAGGAUGAUCAAGUCUCCUUUGAAGUCUACGUGCAGGCAGACGCUCCUCACGGAGUGGCGUGGGACUCCAAGAAACACACCGGCUACGUGGGUCUGAAGAACCAGGGAGCGACAUGUUAUAUGAACAGCCUCCUACAGACCCUGUUCUUCACCAACCAGCUGCGGAGGGCGGUGUACAUGAUGCCUACAGAGGGAGACGACUCGUCUAAGAGUGUUCCGCUGGCUCUACAGAGGGUUUUCUAUGAGCUGCAACACAGCGACAAGCCCGUCGGCACCAAGAAGCUCACCAAGUCCUUUGGGUGGGAGACAUUAGACAGCUUUAUGCAACACGACGUUCAGGAGCUCUGCAGAGUGCUCCUGGACAACGUUGAGAACAAAAUGAAAGGCACCUGCGUGGAGGGAACCAUCCCCAAACUGUUCAGAGGAAAGAUGGUGUCCUAUAUCCAGUGUAAGCACGUUGACUACCGGUCAGAGCGGAUAGAGGAUUACUACGACAUCCAGCUCAGUAUCAAAGGAAAGAAAAACAUCUUUGAGUCCUUUAAGGACUAUGUCGCCGUGGAGCAGCUUGACGGAGACAACAAAUACGACGCAGGAGAACACGGUCUACAGGAAGCGGAGAAGGGUGUGAAGUUCCUGACUUUCCCUCCCAUACUGCACCUGCAGCUGAUGAGGUUCAUGUACGACCCUCAGACCGACCAAAACAUCAAGAUCAACGACAGGUUUGAGUUUCCGGAGCAGCUUCCCCUGGAUGAGUUUCUCCAGAAGACUGACUCUAAGGACCCGGCCAACUACAUCCUGCAUGCCGUGCUGGUCCACAGUGGAGACAACCACGGAGGACACUAUGUCGUCUACCUCAACCCCAAAGGAGACGGAAAAGUCAGCGUCAAGGAGCCCAUCUGGUGUAAGUUUGAUGAUGACGUGGUGUCACGGUGCACCAAGGAGGAAGCCAUUGAACACAUUGGUGGCCAUGACGACGACCUGUCAGUACGUCACUGCACCAAUGCUUACAUGCUGGUGUACAUCCGCGAGUCCAAACUCAGUGAGGUGCUGCUAGCUGUAAACGACGUGGACAUCCCCCAGCAGCUGGUGGAGAGGCUUCAGGAGGAGAAGAGGGUUGAGGCUCAGAAGAGGAAGGAGCGGCAGGAGGCCCAUCUCUACAUGCAGGUCCAGAUUGUGACAGAGGACCAGUUCUGUGGUCACCAGGGUAAUGACAUGUAUGAUGAGGAGAAGGUGAAGUACACUGUGUUCAAGGUCCUGAAGAGCUCCACGCUGCAGGAGUUUGUCCAGAAUCUCUCCCAGACCAUGGGAUUCCCACAGGACCAGAUGAGGCUGUGGCCCAUGCAGGCCCGGAGCAACGGCACCAAGAGACCUGCCAUGCUGGACUACGAGGCAGACUGCAGCAAGUCUAUGAUAGACUUGAGCGACAACGAGAAUCCCUGGACUAUAUUUUUGGAGACGGUGGAUCCUGAGAUGGCUGCCAGCGGAGCAACGUUACCCAAGUUCGACAAAGACCACGACGUCAUGCUGUUCUUGAAGAUGUAUGAUCCAAAAAGCAGAAGCUUAAAUUAUUGUGGACAUAUCUACACAGCUAUAUCCUGUAAAAUACUACUGGAGAGUCUCUUUAACUUGUCUUGUCAGGUGGCGAAGACGGUGGCUCAGAGGUUGAACACAGAUCCCAUGCUCCUCCAGUUCUUCAAGUCCCAGGGGGAGACGGACCUGGGAAUCCUCUCAGACACAACUAUGAAGGAACUGGAGUUUGCUGCAGUUCUUCAAACCACGUCAACCCAAGAAACUGUGGUGGGGACAGCAGAGCAGCGAGUCACUUCCUAUCAGUCCCCAUUCAGAUGUUUAAGACCUGUACCUAUGGGUGUUUGUGUUUCGUGUGUGUGUGUACUGACUGUUAAUGUUGUCUCCUCUCAGUUGAAGAUGAAGAUCACAGACUUUGAGAACAGGAGGAGCUUUAAGUCCAUAUGGCUCAACAGCCAAUACAGAGAAGAGAAUAGUAGUAGUCACCUGAUCUACCCAGAUAAACACGGCUGUGUCAGGGACCUGUUAUUGGAGGAAUGUAAAAAAGCGGUGGAGCUCUCCGACAAAGGCUCUCUCCCCCUCACACUGUUGGAGAUAGUAAGCUAUAAGAUCAUCGGGGUUCACCAGGAGGACGAGCUGUUAGAAUGUUUAUCUCCCGCCGCCAGCCGUACCUUCAGAAUAGAGGAACUUCCUCUGGACCAGGUAGACCUGGAUAAGGACACUGAGAUGUUGAUUCCCGUCGCACAUUUCCACAAGGAGGUCUUUGGAACUUUUGGAAUCCCUUUCCUGUUGAAGAUCAGACAGGGUGAGCCGUUCAGAGAUGUGAUGAGGAGGAUUCAGAGCAUGCUGGAAAUACAGGAGAAAGAGUUUGAGAAGUUCCAUUUUGCCAUAGUGAUGAUGGGCCGGCAUCAGCACAUCACUGAGGAUGAGUACGAGGUCAACCUGAAAGACUUCCAGGCCAGGUACAGUAACAUGUCCCAUCCUCGACCCUGGUUAGGCCUGGACCACUUCAACAAAGCCCCGAAGAGAGGUCGCUAUACCUACCUGGAGAAAGCUAUCAAGAUCCACAACUGAGCAACCCUCCUCUUCCUCCUCUUCCUCCUCUCCUCUUCCUCCUCUCUCCUCUUCCUCCUCUCUCCUCUUCCUCCUCUCUCCUCUUCCUCCUCUCUUCUUCCUCCUCUCUCUUCCUCCUCUCCCCUCUCUCUCCUCUUCCUCCUCUCUCUCUUCUUCCUCCUUAACCCACCAUAACCACAGACUGUAACCAACCAAUUGUCUGUGCCCCACCUCUAACACCUUCCACAGACACGGAUCCAUCCAUCCAUCCAUUAGCAGGCUGCUGAUGAUGAUGAUGAUGAUGAAUACUAUACCACCCCUUCCACCCAAACCCCUCUCUCCCUUCCUCCCCCCACCACCGCCCUUCUACUGUUUUUGAGGCUGUUAGGUUUUUGGCUUCUCUAACUCCGACUGCCUAUUUUUGUCUGGAUGAAAUAAAUGAAAUUGGAGAAAAGGACAGGAAGAUGGAACUUGACUUUUUCCUGGUUUAUUUUGUUUUUUGUUUUUAAUAAUAAGAGUUGUUUCAAAACGUAAAGAGCGUUGCUGCGUAUAGUGGGGGGGAAAGAAAAGAGAUAGACGACAUCGUUAGCAGAAACCAAGAAGGAUGAUUUGGUCUUUUUAAAGAAGAGACUCAGUUGCAGAAGUGUUGAAGCUUGAGACUAGUAUUCCUGAUGUGAUCCUCUUCAUACCCCCCCCCCUUCUCCUUUAGUCAACUAGUCAAAGUGUUUCCAUCUUUAAAAAAGAAAAAAAAAAAAAGAAAUCAGUUUUUGUCUUUUUUUCUGCAAUAUCUUCUUGUAUAAUAAAUUUAAAAUCCACAGCAUCUGUUUAAAAUAAAUGUAAAAAGAGAAGAAGUGGUCUGUACUUUCAUCUUGCACGUUGCCACUCCAUAUCAAAGCCGUUUCUCAGGACUGGUAAAUGGCAACUUUGGUCUUUUGAUUUUAACGUUGCCCUUCCUCUCCUCUUUUCCUGCCCUGUUAUGUUCUCUCCAUCCCUGAGGGUUUGUGAUGGGCUGUACCACCUCUGGGGUUUGUGUAGGGGGAGUUUGACUGAGGGUUUGUGAUGGGCUGUACCACCUCUGGUGUUGGUGAUGGGGGAGUUUGACUGAGGGUUUGUGAUGGGCUGUACCACCUCUGGUGUUGGUGAUGGGGGAGUUUGACUGAGGGUUUGUGAUGGGCUGUACCACCUCUGGUGUUGGUGAUGGGGGAGUUUGACUGAGGGUUUGUGAUGGGCUGUACCACCUCUGGUGUUGGUGAAGGGGGAGUUUGACUGAGGGUUUGUGAUGGGCUGUACCACCUCUGGUGUUGGUGAUGGGGGAGUUUGACUGAGGGUUUGUGAUGGGCUGUACCACCUCUGGUGUUGGUGAUGGGGGAGUUUGACUGAGGGUUUGUGCUGGGGGAGUUUGACUGAGGGUUUGUGAUGGGCUGUACCACCUCUGGGGUUUGGGGAGUUUGACUGAGUAGCGCUGCUUUCGUAGGAAGCUUCGGCCAUUAGUGAGCCCUCUGGUUUCACCAUAUAUACACAGAACCAGUGUUACUAUAAUUAUUACUAGAACAACAAACACAUUGACCUUUUUUCUUAAGCACAGAUGGAAUGCCCCCCCCCCUAAAAGCCCAUCAUAGUUGGCUUUGUGAAGAGAUUUGAAAUUGUGUGUAUAUAUUUAAAAAAACACAACAAAAAAAAACAUGUGAAAUGAGAAACAGAACGAUGUUAUUGGUUGGCUACAAACUGAGAAGAUUCAGGUGUUCAUAUUUCUUGUGUAGUUUUUGGUUUUUGGUUUUUGGGGGUUCCUUGAUUCUUUAGAUUCUUGUUUUGGUUCUGUUUUCUCCUGUUUUUGUUUUAACUAACGGCACCCGUUGGUUCUGAUAGUGAUGUUAAGGGUUAAGAUAACGAGCUGCGCUACUGACCGGUGGGAUUCGGGUUCAGAAAUGGUCACUUUUCCCCCCCCAAAAAAACUCCCAGGUUUUCCACACAUCCCAGUUGGAGGAUUCCAGACUACCUGCGUAUCCUCCUCUGAUUCAGAGGAAUCAUCCAACAGGGAUUUCUGGGAAAACCCAGGGAAUUCUGGGGGAAAAAAGUUACUGGAGUUUUGUCACCCUAGAUGAUGAGAUCAGGGCCCGUUAUCCACAAAAAGUAUUUGAUUUACGAGUGCUGAUCUAGGAUCUGUCCGUACAAGCUUAUUCUUUUACGAUCUAAAAAGGCCAAACUGCUGCUCGACCAGCUCUACUAUCCUGAGACUCUUGGUGGAUACGGGCCCUGAUCAACGCCCUUGUUCCUCCUUGAUUGGGUGUGUUUCCAGUUGAAGCUCGUCCCUGUAGCAGCAGUGUACCACAACUACUCCUGUAUAUUGCCUUUUUUUUGUUUUUUUUUUGCUGGAAAAUGUAUGUUGAAUAAAAUUUUCUAUAAAAACA